AUGGAGCGGCUAUUAGCAGAACAAGAAGACGUUCUCUAUCAGAUUGCGAGGACGGUCGACAACUUCAAGAAGUUGGGGCAAGACAAUUUUACUACAUCCGUCACGCGGAACCGGAUGUCCAUUUUGGAGAAGCAGUGGACUCGGUGCCAAAAGCUACAUGCGGACCUCAAGGCGGCAGUCAAGCCAGCGGAGCGAGAUGAAUGGCCGUAUUUCAGUGAGGAGCAAUUUCGGAAGGCGACAGAGGACUACUACGAAGCGUCUGACUAUCUGAGCGAAGUAUUAGAGAGGUUGACGAGACCUACCGCUCAUGUAACCGCAAGUAGUACUUUAGAUUUAAGCUCGGGUCCGCCAAGCUCAAUCCCGUUGCCGCGAAUAGAGCUUCCUAAGUUUUCCGGUCAGUAUACGGAGUGGGUCAAUUUUCGGGAUAUUUUUGAGUCGAUUGUGAUAAAAAAUGAAGGCCUCACAAACGUGCAGCGUCUGCAUUAUUUAAAGUCGAGUCUGACUGGCGAGGCUCGCAUUGUUAUUAAAAAUAUUUCCGUUACCGACGCGAAUUAUGAGCUAGCAUGGGGAGCCGUGAAAGAACGGUACGAAAAUACCCGCGUGAUUGUUUCUUCUUAUCUGAAUACUAUCCUAGAAGCUACUCCGAUGAAGGCUGAUUCCGUCUCCGAAUUGAAACGCGUGCAUGAUAGUAUUAAUGAUGCGGUCCUUGCAUUACGUAGUCUCGAGAGAAAUUGCGUCGAUGAUUUCGUGGUUGCCAUCUUGUCCAGGAAACUUGAUGUGAAUACCCGCACUGAGUGGGAAAUCAGCUUGGGCAAUAAACGAGAGCCAGCUUCCUUUAACGAACUGAGCACAUUUCUUGUUGGCAGAAUGCUGGCUCUGAAUGCAGCGGGAGAUACUCGCAGUUCAAAUAAUAGUAAAACAAAUCGCUCAGCAGCCACCAAGUCGUUGACGGCUGCCAUCUCUAAUGUUAAAUGUUUAUACUGUGCGGACUCGCACCUUUUGUUUCAAUGCGCUCAGUUUAAAUCCUUAUCCACGGAGCAGAGAAAGAAUGUUGCGCGGCAGCACCGUUGCUGCUAUAAUUGUUUGACCAAAGGCCAUUAUCCGCGCGACUGUAAAUCGCGGGGCCGCUGUGCACGUUGCCAACGCAAACAUCAUACGCUUCUGCAUGACGACGAUAUCAGCGGGGGACAAACGACAAUUGGUGCUCCUGCAAUAGCGAGCACAUCCAGUGUAAACACAGUAAAUGACGCCCCCUCUAAAUCAAGUCUUUCAGCAAGGGUAACAACUCCUUCACGUUCCCUCCUGGUCAAGGGUACUGUACUACUCGCAACUGCACGAAUCUUUGUACGUACUGAUGGAGCUCGUUGUAUAAACCUUCGAGGCAUGAUUAAUACGGGCGCUGAGGCUACAUUUAUCACUGAAAGGGCUGUUCAAGCCUUAAAAGCAAAGCGUAUUAAAGUAUAUUACACUGUCACUGGCAUGGGUGAUCUACAGGCUGGGGUCGUUACUCAUGCAGUUAAGCUCCAUUUAAGUGCGGGUAUACAGUCGAGUACUACAGUUACAGUGAUCGCGUUUAUCCUCCCUGUACUUACUUCUUAUGCUCCAAGAAGUCCUGUUGAUUUACUUGCGCAUCGUCAUUUGCAGAAUUUAAAAUUUGCGGAUUCUGAUCCAUUCAGUGAUGACCCUAUCGAUUUACUGAUAGGACUUGACUAUUAUAAGGCCGUAACAAUGGAUGGAUCCCGCCGAGGACCGAGCUCUGAUCUCAUGGCGAAACCUACUAUCUUUGGCUGGGUUGUGUUCGGCCCGUGCAACGACACUUCUGAAGGAAACCCUCAGUCGGUGUCCUCGUUACGCUGCUCUAUUUCUCCUGGAACGGAUGCGCUGAUGAGGCAGUUUUGGGAGAUAGAGGAAGUCUCGGUUUCUAAUCCCCUCACUGAAGAGGAAGUCGAGUGCGAAAGGCACUUCGCAUCUACACAUUCUCGUUUGCCAAGCGGACGCUAUCAGGUUCGCUUACCUUUUCGGACCGAUUACUUGAAUAAGGUCGGUCACUCCUUUCACGUCGCUUCUGGUGCCUUUGAUAGGUUAGAGCGACGUCCAGCUCGCGAUAGUGCAUUGUCUGCCAGCUAUCGUGGCUUUCUUUCUGAGUAUGAGCAAAUGGGUCACAUGACCCGUGUAAACCCGAACGAGGUCAUUAAUAAUAAUUCGUUAUAUCUGCCUCACCAUCCAGUGGUGAAGGCGAGUAGCAGUACUUCCCCUGUACGGGUUGUAUUCAACGCCUCGAGUCCCAUGGACAACGGGCAUUCAUUAAAUGAUCUGUUGCUUACUGGACCUAAGCUGCAGUCAGAUCUUUGCUCUAUCAUUAUGCGCUGGCGAACUCAUCGCUUCGCUUUCGUCGCUGACGUCGCAAAGAUGUUUAGACAAAUUAUGAUUCAUCCGUUAGAUACUGACUUUCAGAGGAUAUUGUUGCGUCCUAGUUCAGGCCAGCCGAUCCAUCAUUACCGUUUAAUCACCGUCACGUACGGUACCGCCUCGGCGCCUUAUUUAUCCAUGCGCGUCCUGCGACAAUUAUGCGAGGACGAGGGAUCUGCAUUCCCGCUGGCUGUGUCUAUACUCAAUAAUUCCAUCUAUGUAGAUGACGUGUUGUUUGGGGCAGACAGUGUGUCCGCCAUACAAUCCACACGUCAGCAGUUGAAUGCCUUGUUAUUGAAAGGAGGUUUUCACCUUCGUAAAUGGACGUCAAACUAUGACGAAUUGUUGUCGGAGAUACCAGUGUCGGAUCGACUGGAGGACAAUAGUGUCGAAUUUGACGAGGACUCCUCCUUCAAGGUUUUAGGAAUUUCGUGGAGUCCUAUACUUGAUCGAUUCCAUUUCAGGAUACAAAUUCCGGAGUUUUCGCUGCGUAAGGUUGAUUGGGAUAGCCCGCUCUCGAGUGAUCUAGAGGAACGAUGGACUGAGUAUUCUCACAGUCUGACAGAUCUCAAAGAGAUUUCAAUCUCAAGGUGGACGAAUCAAAGCAACUCCGAUCUGGGUAUCGAGUUGCAUGGAUUUGCGGAUGCUUCAACACGGGCCUAUGCGGCCGUUGUAUACAUUCGCAUUAUUCACACUCGAAGCAGCUUUGGAGUAACACUCUUAGCCUGUAAAUCUAAGGUCGCUCCUAUUAAAACAAUUAGCGUUCCCAGGUUAGAGCUGUGUGCAGCUACCUUACUAGCUCGUUUUCUUAAAAAUAUUGUUAGUACUUUAAGGUUAAGUUCAGUACCAGUAUACUGCUGGUCAGAUUCCAUGAUCACACUUGCUUGGAUUAAGCAGCACCCCAAUACCUGGAAGACUUUCAUAUCCAAUAGGGUAUCAGAAAUCCAGACAAGCUUACCGCAAGCUCAGUGGCUAUUUGUCGGGUCUAAAGAAAAUCCCGCAGACUGUGCGUCGCGCGGCAUCAGCGUUCAGGAGUUGAAGUCGCACUCGUUGUGGUGGAGUGGGCCUCAAUGGCUGCAGUCACCCUCGACUGUGUGGUCGGAACAGCCCUCCUCCCUUCGAUCGGACGGAAACAUGGAACGACGUAGCGUUCCAGUUUAUUUAGCUCAGCGGGGCGCGGCAGGGUGGGAUCUUUCCGAGCAAGUUUCCAGUUGGCCUAAGUUGUUGCGGAUCACGGCCUAUUGCCUAUUGUUCGUUCAUAAGGUUCGACAGCGCCUUAGAAGGGCGGAUAGUGAUCAAUUAGGUACGUUAUAUGUGUUGAGUGACGCUAUCAGACAGGCUCGUAGUUUUUGGAUUGCGUACGUACAAAAGAUUAACUUUUCGAAUGAGAUCCAGGCAAUAAAACGUGGUGAGGGCCCGUCUAAAUCUAGUCCCUUGAAAAAUCUAAACCCGUUUUUGGACACGAAGGAUAACCUUCGUGUCGGGGGACGUCUCUGCCGGGCGUCCCUCUCUUACGAUGAGAGACAUCCCAUCAUACUACCGAGGCAUCGCAUAUCGGAGCUGAUUGUUGCGCAGGCACACGAUCGAACGCUUCACGGUGGGACACAGUUGACGUUAGGAGUUUUACGCCAACAGUACUGGAUUCUAAAUGCUAGAAACCUUGUAAAACAUCACAUUCACAGGUGUGUUGUUUGUGUCCGCCACAGAGCUAUUCCGAUAUUGCAGCAAAUGGGUGAUCUGCCGGACGUUCGAAUAAACCUUUCUCGUCCGUUUCAACAUACCGGCGUAGACUAUGCCGGUCCUUUUCAUGUCCUUCCGAUAGUAGGACGUGGCCAGCGGACGACCAAGGCUUAUGUGGUUGUGUUCGUUUGUUUGGCCACUAGGGCCAUACACUUGGAACUGGCCAAUGAUUAUACCAGCGAUGGGUUUUUGGCCGCAUUUAGAAGAUUCACCUCUCGUAGGGGUCUUCCGGUCUCAUUAUUCAGUGAUAAUGGAACCAAUUUUCAGGGUGCCGAAAAGGAAUUGCGCAAUGCGUUCAGAGCUCUGUCGCGUGAUCCUGAUCUCGUCGCGUAUUUAGCCUCCGACGGCAUCACUUGGAGAUUUAUACCGCCCUCCGCCCCACAUUUUGGAGGAAUGUGGGAAGCGGGCGUAAAGUCCGUUAAGCACCAUUUACGGCGUGUAAUUGGUGCUCACACGCUUUCAAAUGAGGAGUUCACUACAUUACUAACACAAGUGGAGUCAUGUCUAAAUUCUAGACCUAUAGCUCCCUUGUCCGAUGAUCCCUCCGAUCUCUCACCUUUGACUCCUGCCCAUUUCUUAAUAGGUACCUCGCUGAUUGCGACGCCUGAGGAGUCCGUAUUGGAUUUGAAGGAAACGCGACUCAAUCGUUGGCAGCGUGUACAGCGGAUGCACGAGCAGUUUUGGCGGAUAUGGUCGCGAGAUUAUCUCCACACGUUACAGCAGCUCUAUAAGUGGCGUCAGAAAUCGACUAGUUUGAAAGUCGAUGAUCUAGUAUUAGUUCAAAAUCCGUUGCUACCGCCGACGAAAUGGGAGCUUGGGAGAGUAGUAAAAAUCUAUCCUGACCCUCAAGGUCUCGUUAGGGUAGUGGAUUACACCAAUGCAUAUGAACAUAUGCAGGCGCCGCCAGUUCUGGUUCAGGAGCCGCCGCCAGUUCCGGUCCAGGCGCCGCCGCCAGUUCCGGUCCAGGUACCGCCCGCGCCAGUUCCGGUCCAGGUCCAGCUCGAUGGGAAAGAGCGGGCCGACGCCGAGGAAGAGGAAGAGGAAGGUGGCAGUGGGGUGGAGGACGAGGAAGAGGGCGUGGAUACCGAGGAAGAGGAGGUGGUAGAGGAGGAGGAAGAGGACACAAUAAUCAAUAAACUCUGCGUGAAGAAUACUGCUGGGGUGUUGGGACUGAAUGGCGGUGCAAAGAUAUAA